AUGUCUGGCUCCAGGAAGGAGUUUGACGUGAAGCAGAUUUUACGAAUCCGAUGGCGGUGGUUCGGCCACCCAACGUCCCCGCCGCCCCACGGUCAGGCGCUGGGUGACUUUUUCAGCAGCAGGGGGACGGGGAGCGCGGCGGACGGCCCCUCUGUCAGCGGGUGUGCCAGCAACAGUAGCAGCAAUACAAGUAGCGGUUCAUGUAAUAGCAACACCAGAAAGUUUCUGGAACCAGCGACCCAUGCCGUAUCCUUACCGACUUCUGCCUCUGCUUGUCCACGAUCGUUUAGCCAGCAGGACUGUCGGAGCCCACCGGUGCAACCCUGGGUGUCCAGUCCACUGCCUCCGGAGGUCCUGGACCUGACCAACGAAGGGGGCGCGGCGUCACCGCUGCAAAAUUCGGAAGUACCGGAGGGUGACGACAUCGUUGGAAGUGAAGAGGAAAACGCAGAAUCCGAUUCAAGCUCCUGCAGGACCUCCAACAGCAGCCAGACCCUGUCCUCAUGCCCCACCAUGGAGCCGUGCGGCCCUGAGGAGCUGUUCCAGGCCCUGAGCCACGCGGAGCACACAUUCCGCAAGAUGGAGACCUACCUGAGGCGCAAGCAGCUGUGCGACGUGGUGCUGCUGGCCGGCGAGCGCAGAAUCCCGGCGCACAGACUGGUCCUCUCCUCUGUGUCGGACUACUUCGCCGCCAUGUUCACCAGCGAUGUGAGAGAGGCCAAGCAGGAGGAAGUGAAGAUGGAGGGUGUGGACCCAGAUGCAUUGUGGGCGCUGGUGCAGUAUGCUUACACAGGUCGUCUGGAGCUGCGGGAGGACACCAUCGAGAACCUGCUGUCUGCGGCCUGCCUGCUGCAGCUGGCGGCCGUGGUGCAGGCCUGCUGCAGCUUCCUCAUGAAGCAGCUGCACCCCUCCAACUGCCUGGGCAUCCGCUCCUUCGCCGACGCACAGGGCUGCCAGGACCUGCAGAGGGUGGCGCACAACUACACCAUGGAGCACUUCUUGGAUGUGAUACGGAACCAGGAGUUCCUGCUGCUUCCGGCCACGGAGAUCGAGAAGCUGCUGUCGUCGGACGACAUGAACGUGCCGGACGAGGAGACGGUGGUGGGCGCCCUGCUGGGCUGGGUGCACUACGACACCGCGGAGCGGCAGGAGCACCUGCCCGGCCUCCUGGCGCACAUCCGGCUGCCCCUCCUCACGCCGCAGUUCCUGGCAGACAUGGAGUCGAACCCGCUGCUGCGGGACAGUGUGGAGUGUCAGCGGCUGGUGAUGGAGGCCAUGAAGUACCACCUGCUGCCCGAGCGCCGGCCCCUGCUGCAGAGCCCUCGAACCCGGCCCCGCAAGGCCACCGUGGGGACGCUGUUCGCUGUGGGAGGCAUGGACGCCACCAAAGGAGCCACCAGCAUUGAGCAGUACUGCCUGCGCCGUGACUCGUGGAAGCAGGUGGCAGUGAUGAGCGGCCGGAGGCUGCAGUUCGGUGUGGCCGUGCUAGACGACCGGCUCUACGUGGUGGGGGGGCGCGACGGGCUCAAGACCCUCAACACUGUGGAGUGCUACAACCCCCGCAGCAGGAGCUGGAGCGUCAUGCCCCCCAUGUCCACCCACAGGCAUGGCCUGGGGGUGGCGGUGUUGGAGGGGCCCAUGUACGCGGUGGGGGGUCAUGACGGCUGGAGCUACCUGAGCACGGUGGAGCGCUGGGACCCGCAGGCGCGGCAGUGGAGCUUCGUGGCCAGCAUGGCCACGCCCCGCAGCACUGUGGGCGUGGCAGUGCUCAACGGCAAGCUGUAUGCUGUCGGCGGGCGGGACGGGAGCUCCUGCCUGAAGUCGGUGGAGUGCUUCGACCCCCACACCAAUAAGUGGACCAGCUGUGCCCCCAUGGCCAAGCGGAGGGGCGGGGUGGGCGUGGCCACCUGGAACGGCUUCCUGUAUGCCAUCGGGGGCCACGAUGCUCCCGCCUCCAGCCUCGCCUCACGCCUGUCGGACUGUGUGGAGAGGUAUGACCCCAAGACGGACACCUGGACGGCCGUGGCUCCCAUGAGCAUCAGCAGGGACGCGGUGGGGGUGUGCCUGUUGGGGGACCGGCUCUACGCCGUGGGGGGGUACGACGGGCAGAUCUAUCUCAACGCCGUCGAGGCCUACGACCCGCAGACCAACGAGUGGACACAGGUGGCGCCGUUGUGCCUGGGCAGGGCGGGCGCCUGUGUGGUGGCGGUGAAGCUAUAGUGGACUCUGCCUGCGGGCUCCAUCCUGAAACUCCAGCGAAACAUCACCACAACGUUCUCCAAACCAUCCCAUCGCACGGGGGAGAAACCUGCACCACCGUCCACCUCCCCCAGUGGUCAGGAGCUCCUUCCCUGAGCUUCAUUUCUGGCCUGUGUCACACACUAUGUCGGCUCUCACAAGAGGGGGAACGGGAGGC